AUGUUCGUCCCCAAAACAGCAGCCGCAUCGCGCAACCCUCGCAGACGCCAUAGAACAAGCUCCGAUGACUCCGUCAAACCGCCCAAGGCGAAAAGACAGCGCUCAGUGCUGCGACAAGCGGGCGACUCUCAGCCCGCAAGCUUGAACCAUGAGCAGCGCGAGGUAGCAGAGCCAUCUAUCUCUGCCCUGCCCUCUGAUCACGAAGUGGCUACCACUCCCAUUGGUGCAGAGUCGCAUCUUCCAAUUCGAAGCGCAAAGCAGCCUGAAGGGCCUACUCAUGAUGCUGAAGGGACUGUCGUGCUGUCAAGCACCAAUUACUACACUGUGGAUCAGCUCCCAGCGUUACCUGAUCAGAUCCGAGGCUCACUUUCCGAUCCCCUCCGAUGUUUUUUCGCACCCAGUCACCAUUACGCACUCGCCUUGACACCUUCGCAUGCGAUCAUAUGGCCAUAUUCCGUAACCACCUCGACUCCAUCGGCCUCGGAAACAUUCACCGUAUCGAUUCCCGAGGCAUGCAGGGACAGACAUGGCGCGGUUCCGCUCGGCGUCCUGCUGUCCACUGCCACGGAGGGACAUUCUGGCCUUCUCGUCAUUAUCCCAAAUACAGGCAGAAUCAUUUACUGGGAGACGGUUUCGAGCGCAGCGUCACUAGGACUAUCUCGGCAAAAACAGAAUGGAAUUCAAGGAUCCACUCCUGGCCUUCUUUCAGGUGAAUACGCCACCGAGAUCAUGAACUGUGAGCCUUCGGGAAUCGUCGUCGUCUUUUCCUCCGGAAGGGUGGCACAUGUCACUCUCAGAGAUCCUCAAGGAAAACCAUCGGUGCUGGUAAAUUUCCUCAGCACUUCGAUCGGUGGCGGGGCCGGGGGAUUCUUAGGUGGGAUCAAAAACGUUCUAGGUGGCGGUUCUUGGAGGAAAGAGGUGACUGCGGUUCAAGCAGGUGGAUCACGCCAGCGAGGUCAGCGAGAUGUGAUAGUUGCUACUUCCUCCGGCCAGGUGGAAAUAUGGGACACACACUGGAAUCACGGAAACGCGCUGAAGAAAAAGUUCGAUGUUAAAGGGGCCAUUGCAGCAUCUAUUCCUCAGGAAUCCGUCGUCAAGUCAUCUGGGGAAACAGACCUGAAAGUUCUGGAUUUCGCAUUCUCUGAAAAACAGUCUCCAGAUGAAGAUGACUCCCAGGCAUCUGAGGAGUCCUGGCGACUUUUCAUGGUUGUCAGUACUCCACAGCUUCUGGAGUCCAAAACUUUGUUCAUCGUUCAAGUCUUCUUGUCGGGAACCGGUACCCGUGUCCUGUCUACUCAUGCAGUGGAUAUCCAUAGCAUCUCCGCUGUACGGAACGACUUGAAACCUAAGAUACUGGUUUCAAAGGGGGAGAGUACCGCCUUUGUCCUUAUUGGGCAAUCUCUCGUUGUCCUGUCUCUAACAAACAUCGAAGAGACGCCAAGCUCCCAACUACUUCUGGACUCGAAUAAAAUGCCUCUGCCUUUCCAGGACAUCAUCCAUCUACGGUCAGGCAAAGACUAUGAGAUUCUGGGAUAUAGCUCAGAAGACAAGCCUAGUGAUGAUGAAAGCGGCACAGCAUGCGUGAUGAUGGUUCGAAAUUUUGGCGUAGUGCGAGUGAACGUGGUCCCUCAGUUCCCGUCCGCGCUUGAUGCAGAUGAGAGCCAAAUCACUGCGAAACACAAGCUUGAGCAAGCAAUUUUCUUCGGAACCAUGGCACGAAAUCCUUUGAAUUUGGUCGGAGACACUGGCCUCGACUUCCCCGCAACUGAAAUUGAACAAGCGUCUCUGGAAAUUUGCAAGGAGCUCCUUCGGUCGGAGUCCCGCUUCAUCCCUACCUCUGCCAUAUCCAUAGACCAGAAUCUCAGGUUGAGGGCUAAAGCUCUUGGGGAUCUCGCGGCACUGUUGCUGCGCAAGGGAAACCCACUGAGCCGCCCGGCAAGGUGGGAACUGCUGUGGGGUGCAGAAAAACUUGCUGCACAACGAGCGAUGUGGAAGUUGGAGGAGGUGCGCAGAAGCAAAGGCGAGGAUGCCUUCCUUAGCCACGUCAUCGAAUCUAUGAACGACAAAUUCAAAACGCUCCCCAGCCCUUCGUAUGGGGAGGCUGAUUCAGUGCGACUGUGGUUUUUGAAGGAUACGCAUCACAUGGAACAUGUGAUUCCCUGGAUCAAGAAUGCCAUCAAACCCCGUCGGGGGAAUUCUUCAAAGCAGGCACGGAAGCUGUCCGAGCAAAUCCUGGAGGCAAGCGAGCUUUUCUUGGCUAUAAUUGAAACAGCUUACCGGUAUCGUGACGAGCACGCAUCGGUGUAUGGACUGGGCAGCGAUUUUGUGGAAGAUGGCGUUCUUGCUGAUGGGUAUGAAAACCUUCCCGAGUUCUGGACUUCCCGGGCAGUUGGAUACACCGAGGCAGGCCAUUUACUUGACUGGGAGUUGGAUAGUUGUCGGGCUUGGAUUCAACAGAAGACAUCUAGUGCGGAUGCACCCGAUGGCCAGGUUUUGAAGAAGAUUGCCGAAAACAGCGCUCGUCAUCUCCGGGUCCUUGGCCAGAUGCACCGCGAGCGGACACGCUGGUUGAGUGCACAAGAGGAUUCCAAGCUAGCAGACGAAUGUGUUGCGAUUGAGCAGUCUCACGUCAAGGAACGCAAAUGGCAACUCUUCAAGCUAGCGGGAAUCGGCCAUCUUCGGGAUGCACUGAGCCUAGCGGAGCGCUUCCGGGAUAUGGGAGCUCUUGUUGAGCUUAUCAUUGAGCUCCAGGACCAAGUGAAAACCCAGUCAGGCCCCGAACCCUCGGUGGACGCACCUGUUAUGGCGGCGAGCGAAGCAGAUGUCGCUCAUAGAGUGUCUCAAUAUUUCGAUAGAUUCGGCGAGCCAUGGGCGGACGCUUACUUUUCGCGACAAAUUUCAAUGGGCCAUCCUGGCGCCUUGCUUUCCAUGCGCAAGUAUCAACCGUCCGUCACUCGGUUCCUCCGGAAAACGCCCGCAUAUUCGAGAAUGAGCUGGAUCAACGACGUGACAGGUGAAGAGGACUAUGAUACUGCUGCUGUGUGUCUGGAAGGUCUGGCACUCGGUGGUGAAGACGAUCUGUGGAACCAUCGAGUACAACUAUCGUUGGCAAAGCUAAGCAAGCUGGCUUCGAGCGAGAAAAAACAAUUGCGAGACAAUAGCUCUUCCUUAGAAGAGGAUGUCAACCGGCUUGAUGAUUAUAACGAGGUCGAUGAGGUCCAGGACUCCCUUCAUACCUAUGUCAAGUCAUUUUGUGAGGAUGCAAUCGAUCGGAGGGCUGCAGCUGACCUGGCACUGGGUUACUUUGGCGGGCAUCUCGCAGCAGAUCGCCCUUCGCUCCACAAAAUUUUGGACGAUGCACUUUUCACGCUGUUCAAUAGGCGCGUUGUCGGUGUUGAUGGAUUGAUAGAUCUUCUCACUCUCAUGGGUCCGUUUCACCACGACGAUGAAAUUGAGAGCGACUUUGGCGGACGAGAGUUUUUCUUGGCGCUUCGUGUCCUGGAUCACAGUCGCUACGCCCAGCGGGAUCCAUCAUACGUCUCAGCGUUGCGCAAGUUGAUCUGGCGACGUUGCAUGAUCAAGGAUGACUGGGAAUCUCGAGGGAAGGCCGCCGAGGGUUCUAAUGGAACGUCGGACGACUCUGCACGCGACACUGCUCUGUAUCGUACACUUUCUCUCUGUCUCUCUGCCACUGGCAGACCCAGUCUUCAGUCUCUUGCCACGCCUCUUUCACCGGCAGAGGCGCUGAUGGCCGAUUCCGAACCCGACAUUCUUGUAUCACGCUUUCGUCCUGAGCAACAGGCCCGGGUGAGUGCUGACUUGAAACGGGAAGACGAGCUGCUACGUCAGUUUAUCGAAAUUGGCAAACUUGACUUCUGGUUCCAGAACCUCCUUGCCUCUAUCAAAACCGAAAAGGCGUCAGGUGCGGUGACAGAUGGUAAUCCAGCGACAGCCGAAUCCUCCGCGUCCGCCGACUCCAAGGCCCGGCUGACGUGGGUUUGA